GUUGUUUGUCCCAUAAAUUGCUCAAUUAUAAGUGAUCGCCCCUAAUAACUUGCAAGUUAAGCAGGAAAUACCAGUCCAGAUAACGACUUCUGUUUUCUAUGACACUUCCUGGUUUAUUCUUGUGAGUUCCUCCCACUGGGGUGACAGUUCUAUAUAGAAUGUAAUGAAACCUGCAGCAAACGUACUUGUUCUUCUAAUUCCACCUGCACAGGAGAGCUCAGGGCUGGGGUCAAGGUAAAGCACUGUGUAUAUCUGAUCUCAUUGUGUCUGUGUCCUGAAUGGCAGUUUAGCAUUGACCAUUAGUUGUCUUGACAGCCUUGCCAUCAGGGACACUUACUGGAGUGAGCAUUCGAAAUUCAAGUUCAAAGUAAUCAAACUGGAAAAAUUCUCUCAAUUAAUCUAUGUUUCAUAUUCUGCUACUCUAGCCUUAAAUGUGACAUUUUAUUUUGGAAUUUUCACAUUAAAUAACUUUGCAUGUGGUUUUAUGCUGGGUGUGGAUAUAUUUAUAAUCAGGAAAAGAUAAGGGGGUGUAAAAAAAAAAACCAUGUCAUAGUCCAACAUAGCUCAACAAUAUUGUAUUUUAUGCUGAAAACUAAUUGUUUUAAUGGUACAGUAAAACAAAGCAGUGUAGUGUGUGUGUGUGUGUGUGUGUGUGUGUGUGUGUGUAUAUAUAUAUAUAUAUAUACACACACACAUUUGCAAUUUUUUUUAUUUUUUUUGUUUGUUUAAAUUUAUAUACACAUGCACACUGAAGUUUUGUAUGUUUAUGUGUAUAAAUGUGAAUUAUGUGUACACGGCAAUUUGCUCACCCACACACUGCGCGGUCCAUCCACUAAACUCUGACUUGCGAAUUGCAGUUAGAGUAGUUUCCAGGAUCGAUUUAUUUGUUUAAUUAACAUUUUGUAUUGAGAAUGUCUUGCAUGGAGAUAACCGCAUAUGUGUCACAGACACAUCUCAAUCAGAAGGCACACCUGCAGUGUUUCUAAAAUGGAGUUCAAUUUAACGUUUAGUGAAUAAGCUCUCUAUUUAUGGAGUGACCCUAAUCUUGUGUACAUAAAACUUUACUCCUGCCAUUGAGUCAGUGACCAUAUCCCUUUUUAUGUGUCAUCUAAUGAAGGGCUUGUUUGCCGGUUGUAAAAAUAUAUUUAGUAAAGGGGUGCGUAGGUGCUCUUGCUACACCUAGUAUUCUGGCUACACCUACUAUAAUAAAUGCCUGGAUACAUAAGUAAGGAAUUUUUUAUAUUUUGUAAGUUAGAAAAAUGUGUGUUACAUGUGAAUUACAUUUUGUGUGCGUGUGUUAUCUGUGAAUUACAUUGUGUGUGUGUGUGUGUGUGUGUGUGUGCUUUAUCUGUUAAUGAUUGUGUGUGUGUGUGUGUGUUUUGUCUGUGAAUUACAUUUUGUGUAUGUGUGCGUUUUUGAAUGUAAACAGUCUCCUAGAUUUCAAACUGAAUGUUGCUUUAGGUGCAAGGGCUGGAAUUGUGGUGGGGGCAGAAUGAUUAGAAUCAUUUUUAUUUAUUUUUUAUUUUUUUAAAAGAGGAAAAAAAGGCUUAGUAAACAUGUGAUUUACAAGUAGUAUCAAGUAAGGUUAAGUAAGGUUAAGAACAGUUACUUAAGGCCAGGCUUCCCCAAACUCCAGCCCUCCAGAUGUUGCUGAACUACAACUCCCUUUAUUGUAUGAAUGAAAUAGAUAAGCUGAGAAUCAUGGGAGUAAUGUGCUAAAAUGGCAGUAAACAUAUCUGAUUAUUCACAUUGCGAAAUGCUGGCAUCUGUGACAGUAGUAUCACUGCUGGCGAGAGAACAUAAAGGUAAAAAGGCGUUUCAUAAUAAAAAUAAAACAAUCUUUUUGGAGCUCAGUGGCAGCCAAUCCUCAGCAGAUCACGGCUAUUUCUAUUGCCGGAAACAAUGGUUGACUAGCCGUCAGCCGAUUCCCUUUUUUGGAUUACACCCUGGCAUCCGGAGGUGGCUCGGAUCCUAGGGAGAGUCUACCAGGCCAUACAAAAAAUAAAGUGAUAAGGUGAUAAGACAACAGGUCCUAAGUGGGCAUAACUGAACAAAUAAUCAUGUAGGCAAGAUUGCAGCCCUUAGCAGGCGGGAGCGUGAUACAUUUCUGCAGGUAUGUCAGGGCUGUAAACUGUGAGUUUUAUUUUAUUUUAAUUUGGUUAAUCAUCUAAUAGUAGACAAAGUGUUUUCAUAAAUAAAUAAUAUGAGUAAAUAAAUUAAUGAAACUGAUAUUGCUGCAGGUGCCUCGAUGCCUUGUUUUGGGGGAGUAUUUCAAAUAAUUUCACCAAGAUCCAUUUUUGUGUCGUUCUUUUUCGUUGUGGUUGUUGUUGUUAUGGGACUCUUAGGGUUAAUCACUUAAGUGAAUUCAAUGUGCAUUUCAAAAUCAGUACUCCUUUAAUGGCUUAAAGGCUGUAUUGAUCCUGCAGGUAAUCAAACCUGGAAACCUGAAAUUUGAACAUGUUCUAUAGUUGAUUUAUUAACUGAGCUAACCCAGUGGCUGCUGAUAAAAAAAAAAAAAACAUAUCUCCCCGAACCCUUUCUGUAAUAUAUCUCUUAAUUUGUGCAUGGUACUGUGUGUGCACCAAUAGUGACUGGAAUUCUGUAUAAAAAUGUUUGACAAAGACCCAAAAUGGCGGACACUGUAUCCAAGUCACGUGUUGCCUCUCAAAAUAGCCAAGAUGGCAGCUAUCUCUAAGUCAACUAUGCUUCUCAUUCCGAGUCUUUGACCAAGAAGUUAAAAUACACUUUCAAUUCUUAUUUUAGAGAAUAACCCUGACACUAAUCACCCGGCCCUCUUUAACUGUCAGGUACAAGGUAUCAAUUAAAUCUUAGUGCUACAGCAUUUGCAAGAUUGAUUGUUUCAGAACUUUGUGAAAUUUUGAGAAAAAAAAAAAAAGGUAAAUUCUAGCACGUUGUCAGUUAUUGGGGUGAUUGACACUGGGUCAUGCAGGGUCAGUAAUUAGAAGAAACAAAAAUUGUGCAGUACCAUCUGGCAUAUCUUGAUGUACAUGUUGCCCGUUAGGAUUUAAUUGUUUUAAUAUUUUUUUUUCCUUUUUCUACUUUUUGCCAAACUUGUGUUUUUUAAAUUUUUUUCUCAGAGAUGCCACCCCAUAGACGGAUUUACUUACUUCGGCUCGGAGUGUUGAUUGUUCUUGGAGUUGUUUUCAUCAAAUAUAAGUCUAAAAGCAGCAGGUAAGACACUUGGAAAAUAUCUAUAUAGUGAAAUACAAUUAUGGUUAUUCCUCAAAUCAUCAUUAUUAUUAAAGGAAUACUCCACAGCCGCAAAGCAAUUCAGUUUGCAGAGAUGCUUUAGGUGUUAACAAAUUGCCACUUCUUUGUCAGUUAAUAAAAGUGCUGAUUUCAAGAGAAAACAGCAGUUUUAUAAAAUGUCUAGGUUGCAUCCUCAUAGCUGUCGGACAGCCAGGACGGUACUCUACCAUGUGCUCAAGCCGCAGAGCAAGGGCUUUCUUAGAGACUUAUUGUAGGAGCAGCACGGCGAUGUGUGCACAUGUGCCUUGCCUCUCAAUGCUUCUCUAUGUGAAGCAUUCUGUUUGUUGGUAAAAUCAUCAAUGGUGAUAAUCCCCUGGCAGUCAGAGCGAAAAUGUGACUAAGAGACCCUCUCACUGCUGGAUUAGAGAUACGUUAUUUAUUUCAGGGGAAAAUAGGAGGGGGCACGCUAUCAUCUAAAAAGGCAAUACAGUGCUCCAGUGUUAUAAAUAAAUGUAUUUAUCUCUAAUGCCGGAGUACUCCUUUAAUGGCUUAAAGGCUGUAUUGAUCCUGCAGGUAAUCAAACCUGGAAACCUGAAAUUUGAACAUGUUCUAUAGUUGAUUUAUUAACUGAGCUAACCCAGUGGCUGCUGAUAAAAAAAAAAAAAACAUAUCUCCCCGAACCCUUUCUGUAAUAUAUCUCUUAAUUUGUGCAUGGUACUGUGUGUGCACCAAUAGUGACUGGAAUUCUGUAUAAAAAUGUUUGACAAAGACCCAAAAUGGCGGACACUGUAUCCAAGUCACGUGUUUGUGACAGAAUACAAGCCACAUAAAUAAGCUGUGGCUGUGGAAUUGUUUCAUUAGUUAUCAGCAUUCUGUAUACGGCACUGCACCCGUUAAUUAGGAAAGUGAUACACAAUAGAUAUUUGUGAAGAGCUAUUAUCAUGAUGUACAGCCAGGCCAUGGGCUAGUCCUCUAAUUCUUAAGAUGUGUUAUAUGUAUGGUUUUCAUUUGACUGCUUGGUACUACGACCAUGUUAAUCCACAAAACUCUAAUUUUAACUCCCAAUAAUGACAGCCAAGAGAGGUAAAAGGCUUAGGCCACAACUUUAUUGAUAAUUACAGAGUCCGCAUAAGGCUUACCCCAGUGGCUGUGUGGUAAAUCACAAGAAGAAGGUAAUUCCACCAAUUGUUAUCAUUGUGCUCAUAACCUCCAUUUCUUCCUCAAUCUGGAUGAGACCUGUCUUCCCAGAACUUAUUCACAGAGUAACCUACCUCCAGUUCCCUGCACUUGGCCAGCCAUUUUACACCCUAACAGGGCCAGGCGGGGGAUAGUUCUGCUACCCCCAUCCAGAAGAUUAAGCGCUCCUGUGCCCUUCACACUUAUAAUAUUUAUAAGCACCUUCAACCAAGUCAAUAAUUGCUCCUAACACAAACAGACCUGCUGGUAUAGUACAGCUGUCAUGAAACCCCUUCCUAAUUUUUCUAGGUGUAUAUUAGCCUAGAGAUGUACUCCAAAAUGCCAAUUCAUGUUUAGCCAGGAGAUAAAUAACAAAAAGUGGAACCACAUGUAUUUUUUCCCAGAAGCGUUAAAAAUCUGGCAGCUUCACAUUCUUACUUUAAUUAGAUUUUUUUAGUGUCACUGUUUAGUGCACACAAUGACUUUAGCAAACUGUAGCAGAUUGUUAAAUAGCUGGAGACAGCCCUCCUGGGUCAGUGAUGUCAAAAGGGGAUAUUUUACUUCCUUGUUUGCAAUGCAUGACCCGCCCAACUUCUGCAUGUUGUGUGCACACACUGGGCUCGCACACACCAACGGUUGCUGCCAUUAGCCCUGCUCUACAGUGUUUAUAAAAGACCCCAAAGACUAGAAUUAGAGGUUCCUCAUUGGUGAGCUUCUUCCUGCUCUGUGAGGGGUUUGUCUUUUGCUGGAUCCUGAUUGUGCCUGAGCAGCAGCUUCACAAACUUUGAAUGUAUUUUUUUUAUUUUUUUUAAUGUAUGUAAAAGAAUUCUCAGUGCAAUGUAGUGGUUAUGGUGUUUGGAGCGUUCCAUUUAAAAACUAGGGAACAAUCUCAUUCAAGAAUAUGUUUUUCCAAGAAUAGCUAUUUCAGGAUAUCUAUCUAUCGCUCUAUCUGUCUAUUGCUCUAUCGCCCAUAUGUGUGUUCUUGAAGACUAGUUUGAGAGCUAGUGAAGAAGGUCAUCAAGUUAGAUCUACAAAUUUAAAAAAAAUAAUUUUAUACAACUUGGUAGUUGUUAUUUUCCAUUAAAAUAUACCGUGUGUCCUGUUAAUGGAAGGGAUUCUGUCUGACACUGUGUACCAAUCAGAAAGCCAGUAUUUCGGGAAGAGAGGCCCGAGACAGCACCCUAAGGGUUUUCGCCAUACAACACCUAGCAGGACGAAGCAAAACGCCACUCCUUCUACUCUCUACCGACGCCGAAAAGGCGUUUGACUGAGUGGAUUGGUCGUUCAUGACAACAGUACUACGCCUCAUAGGAUUCACCGACACCAUACUGGCCUGGAUCGGGGCUAUCUACAACAAACCGACGGCAACAAUACGAGUGAAUGGAGCCCUAACAUAGUCUUUCCUGAUCCGAAAUGGCACUAGACAAGGGUGUCCCCUAUCCCCACUCCUGUUCGCGCUCACGCUAGAACCCCUGCUAGAAGCGAUCAGACAAAACAACAUCCAGGGAUACACGUGGAAGGCUACAACCCACAAGUUCGCCGCGUACGCGGACGACAUGCUAUUCUUUAUCACACAACCGAGAGUAACGGCUAUCUAUCGGGCCUCAAGCUCAAUCUAAGCAAAUACGAACUCCUUAACAUAAUCGACCGUUGAGAGAUCAUAGGACUAUUGCCUCGGCCUUUCCAUUUCGGUGGUGUCCAUUCCAGAUGAAAUACCUAGGGAUCUGGGUAACGAAAGACCCAAGCUCCCUCUAUCAAGCCAACUUCAUCCCUCUCCUUACUUGCAUUCAACCUGGAAUUACCCACACAUCUCAUGGCUAGGCCGCAUAGCGGUGAUCAAAAUGAACAUACUACGCAGAAUACUAUACCUAUUCCACACGAUCCCCCUAUCGAUACCGACGGCAUUUUUUGCCUCCUUAAAAGCUGCAUUCCUGACAUACAUCUGGAAUGGACACAGACCGCGACUGCGAUACCAGCUCCUCUGCCUGACCAGAAGAAAUGGAGGAUUGGCAAUCCCAGACCUGCGAAAAUACCAUCACGCAACGACCCUACAGAGAAUUCUAGAAUGGCACACUAACCCCCGACACAAACAAUGGGUGGUUCUAGAUAGGACCACGCCUGACGGCCCGUCGAUCUUCGCCUCAGUAUGGAACACAACGACAACGCGAGGCGAACUACACAAGCUCUCCCCAAUGAACCAAACUCUCCAGACAUGGUCGAAACUACGGAAAACAGCAAAUCUCUCCCCCACACCUAGCCCACUGAUCACCCUAACAGACAACCGCUCCUAGGGGGAGGACUGCCAGCAAACGCCUGGAGCUUCUUAGAGGGAGAAGACAUCGUACCCCUCCACAGAACACUGACCGCCACCGGACUGAAACCUCUAGAGCAACUGAUGGAAGACACACCGACCCCCGUGCACAGAUACAGAUAUACGCAAUUGACACAUUUUUAUCAGACGCUACCAAAUAAAGCCUCAGUACACAGAACCCAUGGUUCAAAGAGCUUUGCGACCAAAAAACAACCAUUCUGAAACCAACCUCAACCCUAUACCAAUACCUAAUAACGAACAACCAAAAUACCACACCGCCAUACAAAAGAAAAUGGGAACUCCUCCUGGACAGGACGUUCACAGACGCACAAUGGGCCAAAAUUCUAAUCCUCCACCACAAAUCCUCAAUCAACUCGUCCUAUCAAGAAAUGAAUUACAAAUUACUAACGUUCUGGUACAGAACCCCGGACCUUCUACACAAAAUAUUCCCCAACACCCCACCGACAUGCUGGAGGUGCGAGACAGAGGUGGGCACAGUGAAACACAUUUGGUGGGAAUGCGCCAAAAUCAAACCAUACUGGAACCAGAUUAUAACUCGCAUCAAAGAUGUCCUAGGAGAUACGACGAGACUGUCUAUGGAAACUAUACUUCUCCACCAUACACAAGACCCGAUCGCUAAAUACAAGCGAUCAAUCCUACGCCACCUCCUUGAUGCGGCCAAGGCAUUAAUCCCCACCCUCUGGAAACAAACCUAAGCCCCCACAAUGGAACACUGGCUAACCAGAGUAGAAGAAAUCAGAGCUGCAGAAGAAAUACACGUGACCCUGACGGAAACCCUCUCAAAGCACGUAGACAAAUGGCAACCCUGGAUAAUAUACAUAGCAAGAGGAGACCGGGGGGGGCGCGGUCGACGGGGGUGGGGGUUAGGUGGAUGAAGUCACCCCCAACACACCUUGUCUACCUAGCACACCCACGCCUCCCCCACCCUACCCCAGCACAUUCAACUACAAACACGACAUCACAGCCCAACCUUUACAAACACCUAAACCACACAUACUUCAAAUGCUCUACAACGCAGAAGCAACCAGAAACCAACCUCACACCACCGAAGGAGAUCGCUGAACCAAUUCUCCAGAUGGACCUAGAUAACCCCGAUGGACCCCUGAGUCCAUCGCCAUCACUAGACAAAAGCUAGACGUGCUUAUUGCUCCCACUACUCUCACUGCCCCUGUGGAUCUACGAACCCUGUUAGACUUAGGGUCCCGCUGCCACAUACCCACGAUGAAAUAAACACAGAGGCCACAAAACACACUCAACCCCCACGUACCACAUAACAUACCCCGCACUAACAGAUACCGAAUGGAAGAAGACCGACCACACACACAGACAACAUUAGAGACAAUACAUCACACACCUAGACCGACGCACACACCCAGAAGCCCAACACACUACACCAACAGGGAUUGAUGACACGAUGCCCAGAAGGGCCAUGAUACAAUUAUACGGACCUACGAGCCCAUCGCAGCAGAUAGAUCAAUACUAACUGUGCUCAAUGUUCUCACUAUGUUUCACAUUUAUGGAGGCCUACGAGCCUCGCUGUUGUAAAGGUUCCACUGUUAUCUGUUUCUACUGUAAGGAAAACUGCAAGCAAAACGUAACGAUAUGAACUUUCUAAUCAUAUACACACCCUAUCCCAUGCAUACCUCCAAAUGAAAGCCACGAUUACAAUGUACAGUCACUUUAACUCUUUAAACAUAUAAAUACAUUGAUAUUACAUAACUGCACAAUGCCACAAUGGCAACACGGCAAUUAAUAACACCCUUAGCAUUCCAUUUAAUUUAGCAACAACUCACAUCUUAGUACAUCAAGAGCUGAAUGCCCGAACCCCCCACAACCUGGUAGCAUUAUACGCAUAUUUAUAGCCUGCACCAUUCUUAUGCACCAAGGCAGACGACAAACGCCCAUGACCGGGAACGUAGACGGGUCAACAGAAGUUAUGCAAUGGACCUGUUAUGUCGCAAUGGGUGCCCGUGAACUCGUUAGACCGGACCCCACUCGGAGCGUAGUCCACCGUAUGACAACGAUGUUGCCAUCUUGCAAACACAAAUGCCUAAAAAUAGCACCAAACGAUAAUUGCAGUCAAUCUGCACCCCAGGCACAUAGCGCUCUGCCCUAAACACAAAUGGACUGGCACUGCGCCUACAAUUCAACACGCACUGAGUAAUACUAGAAUUAGCAUGGUGACUCCCCAAAGCAUUCACUUCCUAGUAUCGACCUCAUGGAGGUUGCCCGUACCCCAAGUUAUACUACUGUUCAGAACCACACAACUUGUUCCUAAUGUUUAUUAACACAUACAUCAAUCAAUCAAUAGUUGGAUCUGCGCAUCCAAAUACUAGUAAGAGAUUUAGGAGACCUGCGAGUCUCACACAGCUAACUGUGAUUGCACAAACAAUGCUGAUUAACUUUUAAUAAAAACAUCUUUACAAAAAAAAAAAACACGACGUUUAGAACGGCAGCAGAAUGCCUGUCAAUACCCAUCAACUGACACAAUAAAAGAAUACGUUGCCUAACGUAAGUUGAGCAUUAUGGUGUACCACAAACACAGAGAGUGGAAUAGACACAAAUGAAUAACUAUUCAUGAUAUCAGGAAUAUAUGUGAUGCCUAAUAUCGCCAAACAACUUAUAUGAAACCUUGUAUAAAGCUGCAUGUUACCUAACUGUGUAUUGUACCUACCAUCACCCAUGUAUUCGAUGUUACUUGUACUGUUACAAUGCUUUACAAUAACCACUGUUGAAUCCUGUGACAAUGAUGAAAACGAAUAAAAAUUAUAUUUAAAAAAAAAGAAAAGAAAGCCAGUAUUUCAGAAUGCAGGACCAAUGAUAAACCGAUUUAAGACUAUUUUUUUUCUCUCUUUACAUGCAGCCCUCCUGAAGAGGACAUAGUCUAUGCAGGUAAGAUGGAGGCAGGAUGGUUUUGGGGGAAAGAUGACACGAACAAAAAAGAAGACAAUAAGGAGCCCCCGCAGGAACCAGUGGUCGAAAUGACUGUUAAGAAGGAUCCUAUAAAAAAAAAAUCUGAAAAAAAAGAUUUCAUUCAGAUGAAACUUGUCCAUUUGGAUCUCAAGGGAGCUGCCCCUAGGAUUACUUAUUUUGAACAGGUAAGAUGAAUCCCCACCAUCUUUAAACCAGUCAGGAUAAUUCACUAUAGUGCCAGGAAUUCAAAAUGAAUUCAAAAGUUAAGUUAAUUAAGAAAAGGCUAAAAUAGUCCAAUUAGAAGAAUUCUACAAAUCAGCUAUGCUUUCCGUUCAGCCUAUAAUGAGAAAUUCACUUUGAAUUCCUUACAAUUCUUUCUUGAAUGAAUAACCAUAAUAUCUGUGUUACAUUAUUAUUAUUAUUGCCAUUUAUAUAGUGCCAACAGAUUCCGUAGCGCUUGAGGAUUGGGGUGUUGAUUUGUCGGCUUGAAACAUUUAAAAAUUUCACUUAAACUUUACAUUUCUAGUUAAGUGAUUAACCCCAAAUUUUCUCUGAAAAAGCUAAAGUUUGUUUUCUUGUGUGAAGACAUUUUUUGAAAAAUCUUUUUUUUUUUGUACAGUAAUAUUAAUAUAAUACAGUAAUAUUGUAGUGUAGUAUAUACUUGAAAAUACAAAAUUUGCAGUUAAUUAAAGUGUGUGUAUGUGUUUAUUUUCUAAAACAUAACUGUGACUGCCAUGGAAGUAUUUACUGGGGUCAGCUGUAACGUCAACAUACAAAAAAAAAACGCCUUUCCUCCGCAAUGCUUCUGCUUCCUGUCAGAUUGACCCUGUGAUGCUCAGUUUGUUCUAAUGCUUUCUUGCGUAUCUGCAAAGAAAUUCCUUUUAUUGUGUUAUUUACCCACAUGACACCUUGGGAGUGGAGUUAAUUUGCAUGUUAUGCUCUAGUCGUGCCAGGACAUGCAAGCAUAAAGUGUAAAUGAUACAUUUAAUAGAACAUACCAUACCAAAAUUCUAGUUGUCCAUCAGUAUAUUUCCAGUAAUACAGAGAUCAUUGGUAGGAUAGCACAAAUCCUGCUUACACAUUAUUAUCUGGUCAUGCAUAGUCACCAAAACAACUGCAGCUUAAUGUAGUUGUUCUGGUGAGUAUAGGCUUUAACUGCAGGCUUUUUUCAGUAAGCACUGUCUUUCCAUAGAAAAGGCAGUGUUUACAUGACAACCUAGGGACACCUUAAGGACGGAGCCAAAUGUACACGUUGUGAACAAAACAAAACAUAAACAAAACCUGGCAUUUGCGCUACAUGUCUGUCCAACAGUAAUUCACCUCUUUCAUAUUAAAUGCACCCACCCUUAUUAUAUAUCAUUUUAUUCAGGAGAAACAGGGCUUUCAUUUAAUAUCAAAUAUUUAGCUAUGAAACAUAAUGUAAUAUGAAAAAAAUGGGAGAAAAUAAGAUUAUUUUUUUAUUUUUUUUAGUUCUACAUGACAUUUUAACUGUCAAUAUCCUAAUACUGUUUGCUUUUACUGCAAUAAAAUACACAUAUUUGUAUUCAGCAAAGUCUCACAUGUAAGACAGUACCCCCUAUGUACAGGUUUUAUGGCAUUUUGGGAAGUUACAGGGUCAAAUAUAGCAUGUUACAUUUGAAAUUGAAAUUCGUCGGAUUGGUUACGUUGCCUUUGAGACUGUAUAGUAGCCCAGGAAUGAAAUUUACACCCAUAAUGGCAUACCAUUUGCAAUAGUAGACAACCCAGGGUAUUGCAAAUGGGGUAUGUCCAGUCUUUUUUAGUAGCCAUUUGGUCACAAACACUUGCCAAAGUUAGCGUUAAUAUUUGUUUGUGUGUGAAAAAUGCAAAAAAGCCAAUUUUGGCCAGUGUUUGUGACUAAGUGGCUACCAAAAAAGACUGGACAUACCCCAUUUGCAAUAACUUGGGUUGUCUACUAUUGCAAAUGUUAUGCCAUCAUAGGGGUAAUUUUCAUUCUUGGGCUACCAUAGGGUCUCAAAGGCAACGUAACCAAUCUGGCGAAUUUGAAUGUGAAAAAAAUGAAACACAAGCCUUAUAUUUGACGCUGUAACUUUUGAAAACACCAUAAAACCUGUACAUGAGGGGUACUGUUGUACUCUGGAGACUUCGCUGAACACAAAUAUUUGUGUUUCAAAACAGUAAAAAGUAUCACAGCAAUAAUAUCGUCUGUGUAAGUGCUGUUUGUGUGUGAAAAAUGCAAAAAACUUCACUUUUACUGGCGAUAUCAUCGUUGUAAUACAUGUUACUGUUUUGAAACACUAAUACUUGUGUUCAGCGAAGUCUCCCAAGUAAAACAGUACCCCACUUGUACAGGUUUUAUGGUGUCUUGGAAAGUUAUACUGCAAUAGGCAUACAAUGUAUUUCUUCAUAAAUAUGAAAUUACAUGUUGUGGGUCUACCUUGUGCAGUCAUGUGAUUAAAAACGCAGUUCUAAGGGUGACUGAGAAAUUUCGGAAAAUGAUCUGGGAUGCCAAAAUGAGCUGUCACAAUGCAGACUGAACAAGAACAUAUUUACCGCUGCAAUUAGUGAAAGUGGAGUUUUUGUCCGAAAUAUUACUGGUUUGCAAUAAAAAAAAUAAAUUAAAAAAAAGUACUUUAAAAAAAAAAAAAAUAUAUAUAUAUAUAUAUAUAUAUAUAUAUAUAUUUUUUUUUUUUUAUAUAUACAAGCAUCACUUUUUAAGUAACUGUCUGAAACUGUAAUACCUAAUACAGAUCAAGGCACCGGUGUCCAAAAGGGGAGAUCCCCAGGUGUUGUGGAACUGCAACUCUCAUGAUGCUUUGCAUGCCUUUAGAAUGCUUCAUGGAAGCUGUAGUUUCACAACAUCCGUGGAUCUACCUUUUGGGCACCCUUGGUAAGGAAUUCCUGUAUGUUAAUGUGUGCGCUGUUCCUUAAUCUGUAUUCUGUAUAAAUGUUGGUCUCUACAGCAGCAUCAUUCCUGCAAAAUGCAUGUUUCAGGUGUGCUUCCAAUUCCCUUUUUGUCUUUAUUAUGUUACUGUAAUAUUGUCUGUCAGAUCUGGCAGUAAUGAUACACAAACAACAUUGUAAUUCUCUCUGAUGGUAUUUUCCAGCUAUUCCCCCUUCUGUCCAAACUGGGCGCCAAUGGAUUGCUUAUUGAAUACGAGGACAUGUUUCCUUUCAGUGGUGAAUUAGAAGUCCUGAAAUCAGCGUAUGCUUACAGGUGAGUGGUGGACAGUUUCUCUACAUUAUUUUAGAUUAUUACUAUUAUUAUUGUUAUUCUGCAGCACGCUACAAUUUUAUGAAAGGGGGGAAUUUAACAAUAAAUGAGACAAUUACAAACUCACACAGGAUCAAUAGGUUGAUGAGAUUAUGAGAUUGUACAGCGCUACGGAAUCUGAUGGCGCUAUAUAAAUAAUAAAAUAAUAAUAAUGCUUAUAGUCUAUGGAGUGGAGUAUAAGGACACAAUAGGAAGGGCGUCAAGAGAGGCAGCAGACAAACAAGGUGGGAAAGUAGCAGAACUGGAGGUGAGAGUGGAGUGUGGCUCUUUAGGAGAGAGACGGAUAUAUAUUUGUGACAUAGAAGUUACUCUGGGAGGCCAUAAGCUUUUCUGAACAAAACUGAUUCGCAAGGUUAUUCACCAAAGUCAGGAGUUCAAAAUGAAUUAAAAAUUGUUUUAUCCACAACAGACGAAUUGGAAGAAUUCUCCAAAUCCGCUAUCUUUGCAAUUUGACUAUUUUGGCGUAAGAACGGAAAGUUCACUUUGAAUUCCUUACAAUUAUUUGGCUAUUUGACAUUGGGGUCAUUGGUAUUACAAUCACAACCUGCACAUGAUAUAUUUUAAGAUCUGUUACGAAAGUGAGCCUGCCGUGAAUUUCUUCUUACCCGUUUACAGCAUAAAAUUUUAUUGAAAUUAGUGUCUUUCAGUUCCCAGGGUUGGAACGGCAGCCUGGAAAAAAAGAACAAAAAAAUGGGGAGCACAUUGUUUAAUUUAAGAUAAAUAUUCUAAAUCUUUUGUAAGCAGUUCAUGUUAAACACAAUGUUAAGCCUUAAAAUGUCAAUAGUAAUAUAUUGCCUUGCAAAAAAGCUGUUUACAUUUCCAGACUUUAGUGUGUGAAUAAACCAUAUGGUUUUUCUUUUUUUACAGUACAGAUGUGCCAGUAUCGGGUCAAUAUAACAAGUGAUAAAGGCAUUAUAUCAUACAAUUAGUAUCAUAUCUCAUAGACAUAAUUACCUUAUCUGGAAAAAGUUUUAAUUAUAAUUUUUUUUUUAAUUUUAAGAUCUGGGUAUUUUGUCCUUAUAUUUGCAUUCCUCUCUUCUUUCCCCCACAAUUACCAGGUUAAUGAUUAGAAGAUAAUAACAAAUUUGUAUCUUACGGUUUUUAUUCACUCUCUCUUUCCUUUCCAGUGAAGCAGACAUUGAGAAGAUCUUGGAACUCGCCAAAAUGAACAAACUAGAGGUUGUACCACUGGUCCAAACGUUUGGGCACAUGGAGGUAAGUUUAUGGCUCCUUCCGUUUACAUUGCAAAAAUGUUUGGUUUGUCUGUGUUUGUCCAAGAUGGACAACUCAAAGUCUGAAAUGUGAUAAACCGGUGAUGCUUGCUUGUAAUUCUUUGUAUUUGAACUCUGGGGAGUUUUAUUGUGUUUGGUCUCAUGACAAUCUUUUUGUGUAUCUAGCUAUAUGCUGUCGGGGAGACUUCAACUUCCCAGGUAAAACCUGGUCCAUGGUGACGAGACCCACAAGGUCAUAACUGUAGUCCAUGGCUGGUUUCUGGUCACUGAUCCUUUGGUUGAAUAGCCCAUGCUUUGGUCUUUAAAGGGACACUGUAGUAACCAGAACAACUACAGCUUAAUGUAGUUGUUCUGGUGAGUAUAAUAGCUCCCUUCAGGCUUUUUUCAUGCAAGCACUGCCUUUUCAGAGAAAAGCAGUGUUUACAUUGCCUCUAGGUACACCUCCAAGUGGCCAUUCCUUAGAUGGCCACUGGAGGUGCAUUCUGGGUCAGUGCUGCCAAAAAUGCUGAUUGGCCUGAUUAGCCAAAACGGCAUUUGGCCCACCCCUUUGCUGAUUUUAGCCAACCCAAUGCUUUCCCAUAGAGCCAGUGCCGACGGACCCGUGCGGCGCUGGAAACAAGGUGAGUUUUAAACUUUUAUAGGAAGGGUAAAGGAGGGUUAAACACUAUAGGGUCAGGAAUACAUGUUUGUGUUCCUGACCCUAUAGUGUUCCUUUAAAAAAAGCUGUGUUUAAAACGGUAUCCAUUGCUUAUGGUGUUUGCAGUAGUGCCCUAUAAAGUCCAAAACACAAUGCCUAUCUGUGCUCAUUUGCAUGUCAAGCUGGGAACUCUGGGAUUGUGGAAACGUUAUUUGUCGAGUUUAUGUGCGGAAGAAAGCCUCCUUAAAGGGUUACUAUAGUCACCUUGACCACUUCAUUUAAUUCAAGUGGUCUGGGUGCAGUGUCCCUGUCCCAUUUAGUCCUGCAAUGUAAACCAUUGUAGUUUUUUAGAAUCUGCAAUGAUUACCUUGCAGGACUAAGACUGCCUCUACUGGCUGUCAAUCAGAGAGCCACUAGAGGCACUUCCGGAUUCUAAUGGACUCUAGGUCCACUACAUAACGCUGGAUAUUCAGCAUCAGUGAAAUCCCCUAUGGAGAGGGUCUAAUGUGCUCUCAGAGCUCGCCACGCAUGCACACUAGCCCCACCACCACCCCAUCGGAUGACGUUGGAGGAGGUAGAGUGCCAACCCAGUGCAGAGGGACAUCUUCACUGAAAUUAGGUGAGUAAAUAAAGUAGUUGUUUUUUUAAGCCCUUUAUCUGCUAAGAAAAGGGUUGCAAGGGAGGGGGACGGACGGACAGAGGGCCUUUUAGUGUUAGGAAUACAGAUUUGUAUUCCUAACGCUAUAAAAUCCAUUUAAAGUCCAACGUGAGAUAUGCAGGUGAUACCUAACAGUAUUUCUUUGUAUUUGCUUUGAAUGGAAAAAUGGCCCAAGCAGGAAAUCGCUGCAUUUACGUUUUAUUCACUUUCAAUUUCGGCAUUUUAGUUUUGGUUUGAAAAUCUUUGUUCUUUAAAAUAUUUCAAUAACAGAACAAUGCAGACAAUUAAAAUUAGGGAUUGGUGUGAGAAGGAAAAGAUCGACCUGUUAUUUAGAGAUAUCCUUGCAGAUUCUCAAAUACUUCCUGAGCGCUGUUACAAACUAAUUCGGCAAUAUUUACAAACACAAUCCUCUUUGUUAUAAUUAAAGUAAAAAGGAAAACGUAUCUUGAGAUUUAAAGGGACAACUAGCUCCAUAAUUACUAAUACAGUUUAUUGUAGUGGUUAUAGUGCAAGAUAUCUUUGGGAUCUCUUCUCUUCUAAACUUUGUGUCAUUGCAAUCCAGAUUUGUUUGGAUUUGCCUGGAUAAUGUAGCCCAUGGAACAGCACAGCUAGGGGAAUGGGCUUUGACAGAGCCAGGAGGUUGGCACAGCAACCAGUUUUAAAUUAAUUGGGAGUGGGGUUUACUAGGAGUAUAUAUCGGCCAUUUUAUGAAGUGGCCAUCUUAACUAAACCUAAACUUACCUGUUGUCCCUCCCACCCUCCCAUUUAUUGAUAGUUGGGUGUUUACCUGUUUUCUUUACAGCGGCGGGGAAUGCCCAUGUUAAAGUCGGGGGGUAGAUGGAGUAGGAAGUGGGCAUGGUUAGGUCUAGUAUGGACUAGGCAGUGUUACACUUGGUUUGUAGGUUCGAGCUCAUUGGUGGUUCCGAACCUGGGAAUGUAGGGGUGUCUCGGUACACACCUACAAUUUAAUCCAGUGCAAAUGGGGACGUUUGGUUGGCCAGGUUAUGUGUUAUCCGUUAUUUAUAUUGCUAUUAUUGGUGUGGGGUCAUUGACAGGGGUAUGUUAUGUAUGGGGGGGGUGGAAGGUUGGUUUUAAUAAAAUAUUUGUUGGCAAUGACCCUAUUUUGUUAUACCUUAAUUAAUAAAGCUGUUGACUAAUAUUUCCAACAGUAAAAUCGGUGUCUGUGUUUUAAUGGGGUUAUGGUUAAGGUAAGUGCCCAUGUCGGAGAAAUGACUGUGCGCAUGUCAUACAGUAGUGACAUUUCUGCAUUACAAAGGCAGCGGGGCCAGGUUUUCGGAGCUGAAAAAAACCCUGAGGGCAAAAAACGCUUGACAAACUUUGGAGGGACAGCACUCAUGCACACACUGGAUCAAAAUCACUAUGAAAACCUGUAAUAUUAGUUUGGUUAAUCACAAGUGUGAUUGACAUAUAAUAAUUAAAAUUGAGGGCACAAAUAACUGCGAUGCCUAGAGAUUAUCUGUCAAGGAUACUAUUAUUAUUUAUAUAAAUCGACAACAAAUUCUGCAUCACUCUACAGAAGGUGGACUAAAGCAAAUAUUUGCAACAAAACAUAUUGGACGUACGGGAGCAGAAGGUGCUGAAGGCCCCGCUGAGCUUGCAUUCUAAGGGAUCUUACAUUCUGAGGAGAUCAUCAAAACAAGAAAGUAUUGUGAACAAUCUAUACAGCGAGGAUGAAAGCGUAAUAAUUUAAAAUAGUUGAAUACCAUGAUCAAAUUUUUCAAGGAAUUGGCAUCUAAUUUGGGGAAUGCGGAUUUCCAAACCCGAAGCAGAAAGCUAAGCAAAGUGGGUAUAUGAGGCUAUAGUCCAACAUAUAGUAAACAAAAAUGGUGGUUGCUCUUAAAAAGUCAGUGUUUUAGAGCACAGCCUUUUAGAACCUACUUAAACUUCUGUUAAACCACCUCCUAUUUAAUAGAUUUAUUGAGCCAUAUAUCAUGUAGUACUGCCUUGUCAAUAUGUUUCAUGUAGAUCUUAUUAAUCACAAACCCCUUCCUUUGCAGUAUGUUCUGAAGCAUGAAAAAUUCACGGGAUUGAGAGAGGUGGAACGUUAUCCCAACAGCCUGAACCCUCACCACACAGAGUCCUUGCCGCUGGUGAAAUCCAUCCUGACUCAAGUUCUAGAGAAGCACCCCACAUGCAACUGGAUCCACAUCGGGGCUGAUGAGGUGAAGACUCUCACAUUCCGGCUUUACAUCCCAAUGUUAGCACUUUGAGCACAGUUCAUACUGCGCCCACCGCCUGCAGAUUGUGUUUAUUACUCAGCGUGUUUGACUAAUAAAUAUGAAGAAGAUCUGAAUAUUUAAAAAGGCUGGAGCCUCGAGGUUUUCUGGCCGUUUGCAUUGGAUGUGGGUUUUAUUUUCUAUCAGUGAUUUAUAUUUUCUAUAGUGAUUAUACUGUACUAUAUUUACUUUCUACUAGCGUUAUGUGGGUGUUAGUAAAUGUUAAAGCCACUAGUUUCAACCACUAUUUAAUAAUAUUUUUUUAGUAUAUACACCGGUAUCUCUAUUAAUGGAUGGUUGGGUAAUAUUUCCACAUAGCAGUUGCUGAUUUGGAAUUCCUGGACUGACUUGUUCUUGGUAAUGUACCUCUCGAAUAAGCCAAUCACAGCUGUAAGUACCUCUCUCCUUAGUCAAUCACAGCUGUAGGUACCUCUCUCCUUAGUCAAUCACAGCUGUGAGUACCUCUCUCCUUAGUCAAUCACAGCUGUAAGUUCCUCCUCUCUUAGUCAAUCACAGCUGUAGUAAGUACCUCUCUCCUUAGUCAAUCACAGCUGUAAGUACCUCUCUCCUUAGUCAAUCACAGCUGUAAGUACCUCUCUCCUUAGUCAAUCACAGCUGUAGGUACCUCUCUCCUUAGUCAAUCACAGCUGUAAGUACCUCUCUCCUUCGCCAGUCUGCUGUAAGUACCUCUCUCCACAGCCAAUCACAGCUGUAGGUACCUCUCUCCUUAGCCAGUCUGCUGUAAGUACCUCUCUCCACAGCCAAUCACAGGUGUAGGUACCUCUCUCCACAGCCAAUGAGUACCUUAGUGAGUUACAGCUCUAAUAUCCAAGUACAGCUGUAAACAUCCCUGUCCAUAGACACUCAGUCUGACUUGUAUCUCUCUGUUUAGACAGCCAGGACUAUAUAUUACAUAGCCCUGGCUGUCUGUCAUAUGUAAUCCCGUCUAUAUAUAUAUAUAUAUAUAUAUAUAUAUAUAUAUAUAUAUAUAUAUAUAUAUCAUAUACUCAUAAUCUGUCUGCCAUGGUAUCUCUUCUGUAAUACUUUACUAGUUAGUCAUGUGUCCUUUGUCAUUUAUCUCAGCCAGUCAGGGCUGUGAAUGCCACUCUACUAAGCCAGUAUGAAUUGUGAAUGUCACUCACCUCAUACAAAUCACGCAUUGAUUAGCUCUGGGUGCGUAUGUUAAUUAAAUGCAGGCUUUCCUAAACAUGUCUCCCUCCUUGUAGGUUUAUCACCUUGGAGAAGGACAGGACUCUAAGGCCUGGCUUAAUGACAACCAGGGGAAUCUGGGCAAAAUGUUUGUCACUUUCGUCAAAGGGGUGGUCGGUUUUCUCCAUGAACAUUUUCCUGAGAAGGAGCAACUAAUGUGGGACGAUAUGCUUAGAAAGCUGAAAGUGGACGUCAUUCAGGGUGAGUCUGACAUCACGCCUUCUUGCUAAAAUGCUGCGAGUGUCACUUGAUUAAAAAAAAUGGCAUAUGCCGUAUUCUAAAAGAUAAAUGCCAGGUAUUUUAUCCAUCUGACCGCUGAAGAUUAUUUUGGCUUCUAGUAAAAGUUUAGUAACUCAUUCCAUUUCCUAAGCUGGGAGCACCAGAUCACACAUUACUCCUUUCUCCUGAUAACCUAUAAUAGUUACAAAAGAUCAUGCAAUCUGGAAAAGGAAGUCAGAUGCCAAACGAUUUAGUUUCUGUUGUGGUCGCCUAUUUGUUAAUGUUUUAGCAGUGGUUGUGAUUAAAUUCCCAGGCCUUGAUCCUCCAUCUGAGAAUUAUGGGAAUUGUAGUCCAGCAAGGUUAGACACCUCUGUGGUAGAGCAAUAUAAAGAUCAAUUCAUAUGGCCUGCAUCCAUGUUGAAAAUGAAAUGUGUUCCCCCACAGCUUCUGGAAUCGCGACACAUGUGUCUCCUGUCCUGUGGAUCUACAAUUCAGCUUUCAGCAGUGAUUUAGCAGGUGAGUCUCACAAGUUUCAACAAUUCCAGUUGUUCUGGUUUACUGAUUGUACGAGAUUUUUACCCUGUAAGACAGAGGUGGCAAGAUGUUGGCUGCCUAUGCUAUUGCUAAACAAAAAAAAUGGCAGAAGCCUCAGUUAGGAUUGCCACGUUUAUCAAGUUUUUCAUGUUUUAUAUAAUUUAUUUCAACAAGCUGAUAAGCAGCAUGUGAAAGAUUAUGUCCUAUACUAUAUAAUAUUGAUAUAAUGCAGAAAAAUCUAAGAAGUUCGUUUUGGAUUCUCUUUAAUUAAAGGCGCACUGUAAGCACCAUAAUCACUGCAGCGCUAUCUCACUGUUAAGAGUCAAAAUGUUUUUAAAUAGUUUGACACUUACUAGGGUCCCGUGGGCGCCCAAAGUCUGGCCUCUUUUCACUGAUAUUGUUAACCUCAGCCAUUGAACUUCGUCUACAGUAAGUGUCACACUGUGUGAAAAUGUUUUGUGUUGAACUUUGGGGUUAACGCAAGGUUACUCCUGUUACUAUAACCACUGCAGCACACUGUAGGCACAUUCUCACAGGCCAGCUGCACAUAUUUCUCAUUGAGUAAACCUAAAAAAGGCUUACUGCUUUGUGUGCUCACACCAACGCCACCACUUAGCAAACACUACAAAAAUAAACAAUGCUAAUCAAAGUCAGAGUGCUGUUUGCAUGAUCUGUUUGUAUUUAAUGAAAAAGAAGGUGUAGCCAAGAUAGUUUCUCAAAUUAUCAAACCCUUUUUUUAAAAAAAGCUGAGAGCAUGGAUGACACCACCAAAACACUGAGAGAACGUGCUAUUUACUAAAGUCUGAAUACAGGAUGGAUUAGCAAAAUUCGUCACCAUGAUCGAAUUUCAACACCGUAAACAAAAUCAGUCAUUCUCCUUCGCAAAUUCCAUAUAACAUUUAUUUUUUUAUCAAACCAAAUUUCAGCCAGAUUCAUUCUCAACAAAUCUGGUAGCUGGUAAAUACAGCAAAAAAUUCAUCUGCUCUUUCCCACCAAACCUGCCGAUGGUUUAUUUCCAAAGUGGGUCCACUUUCGUCCGGCACAGUUGCCCCUUGCGUUUCAUCAUUAAUGUUGUGUUAUACAUAGGGUAUCAGAAGAAAGCCCUAAUUGUCAUAAAAAAAAUAAAAUAAAAACAUGGCAAAAUUGCCAAAAAGAUCCGGGUCACAUGCAUGGAAUUUUGGCAAAUCCUCAGUCACUAAACGGAUUCCGUUUACCUGCACUUUAUCACACUAACCUCUCACACCUUGGUUUCACUGUAUUUCAGUCUAUUGAAAUGACCAAAGUCUGAAUAAACAGCUCUGUAGGGAAUGGUUGUUUGCAAGCAGGGUCUGGUACUACAAUCCAAUAAGUAUAUUCAAAGGUUACCCAACUAGGGCAGUUGAAACUUCAAUGGAAUAGUCAUUUAAUGCAAGCCAAGGUGAGAGGUGUCAAAAAACAAAGGGUUAUUUGGAGCAGUGAACUCGCAGUGAAAUGGUAAAAGGCAAGGAAUGCAGACUAGUUUGGUAGAACUAAAAUAACUAUGGAUAUGUGUCGUUGAUGGCAUGGAGAGCUGCAAGGCGCAUGUCCUUCUUUAAGCAUUUAGCUAUUAAAGGCACAGCCUCUCGGCACUAUAACCACUUCAUCUCAUUGACAUGGUUAUGAUGCCUGAUCUCAUAGUGCAGUCCUCCAAGCUUAGUCCCUGUGUCCUCAUCAGGAUCAUGCUUGCACAUAUUCCCAAGCAGUGGUGGACACCAGUGAUAGGCUGAGAGAGUCAGAUAACCUUUGUCAGUGCAUCACAGCUGCCCUCAUUGGUGUGAAUUGGUUUGACAGAGGUGAAUUGUAAACUAAUCUCCACCUUAUGUGAAAUAGUGUAAUAUAGGUUAAUAUAUAUAUAUAUAUAUAUAUAAUUUAUUUCACAUUUAUAGUGGAGCACUUACAAAAGAUAAAAUAAACAUGCAAUAUAGCUUACCCUCUUAUUAGACAGAUUAAAUGGGGGAUAUAUACCGAUGGAAUAUAUGAAAAACACAAACACAGAGAAAAAUAUAGCGCUAACAGACACAUUUUCUCAUUUAGAGGAUCACUUCGUUUUGCAUAAUCUCCACCUUAGCCGUACCUCUAUUAGGGACCAGGCCACAGGCUGCUGUAGACCCUCAUACAGUGAUAGACCAUUAAAAAAACAGGUUAAUAUUGAAAAGGGGACCCAAGGCACCAUAACCACUUUAUUGAGAUUAAGUGGCUAUAGUACCAAGAGGGUCCCUUUAAUCAGAACCUAAAAUUAUGAUUGUGCAACAGACUUUCAGGAAGUAUGACCCAGAAUUAAUAGUACGAAUGACUUCUCACAUUUUGGAAAGGCAUUCAAGGGAACGCUUAUUAAAUAAAUAAAAGCGUAAUGAUACACAGAGAAAUUAGGAAUCACAAAGAUUCUGGCAAAUAAUUAUACUUUUGCCAGCCUGCCACAAAUUAUCUGAUGAUUCCCAUCAGUAAUGGACGGAUUCUUAGAUGUGUGUAUGUAACUUGGUUAUGUUUUCGCUCAAUCUUUGCUGAUUAGAUUAUAAUAACAUUCUAAGCGUGCUCAUCUGCGCAAAUAGUGAAACAUAAAGGGAUUUACUUGCUUUAUAGAAGAAGUAAAUUAAUUUAUUGUUACAGUGAUUUGUACAAAUCUGUAAUUAUCCCCUUCAUAAUGAGGAUUAUAUUGUACCUUAAGGGCAAGAUGCUAAUUUGCCUCCUAUUCAUUAAUUUAUUGCGCAAACGCACAAUAUACACAAUUUUUCUAAACAACACUCAGGGCUUUCUUUCUAUACCCUAAAUAAUUAUAUAUAACUCCUUGCUUAAUGGGAAGAAAACAUUUUUAAAAAAUUGGGGGGAAUGUUUGUUACAGUGUUGCCUGUUCUCAAUCUGUAAUAAAACGGUACAGCUAAAGGAAAUAAUAUUAAUAGAUUAAUCAGUUUGUCUUGAUUUUGGGAAUACCUCAUAUGACGAGGAUUUUAACAUUUUCUUUUGCAGUUACAGGUCAUACACCAAAAGGUUACAUACAAUAUAGGGUGGAGUAUCUUCUUGUUAAAAGCAAAUAUUGGUAUUGCCUAGAGAUAAAACAGAUAAAGACACAUAAUAGUGCAAUAUUGUCUAAGUCUCAAAUAGAAUGUAAGGAGGUAUGUGAAAAUACACUCACAAAACAAGAGCCUAUAAAAUAAGGCUCAAUCUUCCAGCGUUGUGGGAUUAAGGAUCCCACUACCUUCUUUAUACUGCCAGGAGGUGGUGAGUAAUUCAAUGUCCUCUCGCAGGUGAGUAUAAAUAGUUAAAGUGCUUUAUUAAUAAAGUGCACAAAUAAAGUAAAAAACAAGACCUUACAAUUGAAGGUGACCUUGUCGAGAGAGUCUCUGGUUGCAAAACGCGUUUCGCCUCGUGUAGAGGCUUCCUCAGUUGCUCUAGUUGCUUGUUAUAAAUGUUCUGUAUUUGUAGCUUGUAUUUCGCGCCCUUUUUCCUUGAUCGCGGCACUUUCGCUUCCGAGUUCCAUCGGUGGAACGCAUUAGUUCGAUCACUUCUGGUUUUGGCAUUUGCGUUCCAUCGGUGGAACGCAUGCGUCCUUAUUCCGGUUCUCGUGCAUUGGGACGUAUCUAUGCGUUCCACUUUGCUUAGCUGGUUAAAAGCAGUCCAUUUUACACAUAAGAUCAUUGAUAUUUAAUAAGAAUGGCUCACAAAAUAAAGAAUAAAAGAGAAGCAAGGUUAAUGUAAAAAUACAAAUAAGAUGUAAAAACAGCUCUACUUUAUAGGAGAGACUUCUUACAUAAACAAUGAAGACAAUAUCAGGAAAAACAUCAUAAAUUAUUUAUAUAAAUCCUAUUCCCUCAUGGAAAAGAAACAGUAAAAAGUGAAUAAAUAUGAGAUGAUGAUAUAUAAAACAUAAGGUGCAGAAGAGUAAGACAACCCCUGAAUGAAAUCAUAAAAUGAGAUAAUAAAAUAUAUUUCAUAAUAUAUUAUAAAAAUCUGGGUGCAUAAAAAGUGGCAAACCUCAAAAAUUAAAAUUAUAAAAAUCUGAAUGCAUUAAAAAUGGCAGACCUCAAAAUCUAAAUUUAGGCCAUAAGGAAUAAGGGUUUUAAAAGUAUAUAUAAAUUUCAUUUCCUCUUUUCCUAACUUCAUUAGUGUCAAUUUGUGUUUUCUUUGGUUUGUAUUGGAUAAGUUGGUUUCUUUUUAAUUUUCCUACCUCUUCUAAAUCUUGAUUUAAAGAUGUUUCAUUAUAUCCCUUUUCCAUAAACUGCUGUUUAAUAUAAGUAGCCUGUUCUAAAUAAUCGCUAUCUAAUUUGCAGUUACGGCGGAUCCUUAAAAAUUGGCUCUUAGGAGCGUUAUGGAGCCAAGGUUUAUGGUGGCAGCUGUUGAUGUCAAUGUAACUAUUAGCAUCCACUAGUUUAAAAUGAUUGCUAGUGACUAUCGUGGUGUCUUGAAUCCUGAUAUCAAGAUCUAAAAAGUUUAUAUUGGAUUCGCUAUAGUUGCUGGUUAAAUUGAUUCCAUAAUCAUUGGUGUUGAGGUGUACAAUGAAUGCCUUUAGAGCCUCUGUGGUACCAGUCCAUAUGAAAAAAAAUGUCGUCUAUAAAACGGCAGUAGGACACCAAACUCGCCCCCCACGGAUGGCCUUGAAGUACAAAUGCCUCUUCCCAAAAGGCCAUAAAAAGGUUGGCAUAGCUCAGGGCGAAUUUGGUGCCCAUGGCCGUCCCACAGAUUUGGAGGUAGAAAGUGUUUUCGAACCAGAAAUAGUUGUGGGUUAAGAUUAAUAAAAUUCCUUCUAAAAUAUACUGGAUUUGUUCUUCUUUAAAAUCUGAUUUUGUUAAAAAAUGUUUCACUGCUGCUAUUCCUUUGUCAUGAGGUAUAAUACUAUAUAAUGCGGUUACGUCACAUGUUACUAAUAUAUUUCCUUCUGUCCAUUUUGUUUGUUCUAAAAUUUGUAAAACAUGGAUCGUAUCUUUAAGGUAUGUAGGGUUUUUUAUAACGAUUGGCUGAAGGAUAGUAUCUAUAUACUUGGAGAUUCUAGUAGAGAUUGAAUCUAUACCCGAUAUAAUUGGUCUUCCUGGAGGGUUAGUUGUAAUUUUAUGAAUUUUUGGUAAUAAAUAAAAGACCGGUAUUUUGGGAUUGUCUAUCCACAAAUAAUCUGCCUCUUUUUCAGUAAGGAUUCCUAAAUUUUUUCCUUUCUCCACAUGCUGCUUAAAAAUCUUUAUAGUUGCAUUUGUAGGAUUAUAUGUUAGUUUCUGAUAGGUUGAGGAAUCUGAAAGUAUUCUAUCUGCUUCUUUAAUAUAUAACUCUUUAUCAAGAAUUACUGUUCCUCCUCCCUUAUCUGCAGGUUUAAUUACUAGUUGAUCAUCAUUUUUAAUUACAUUUAAGGCUUUCUUUUCUUCUAUUGACAAAUUUUGUUUAUAUUUAUUAAUUUUCCUAAAUUUCUCUACAUCCUUCAUCACCAUAGUUUCAAAGGUUUGAAUUGCAUCUGAAAUUAGGUGUCUUGGGAAGAAUUGCGAUUUCAAUUUAAGCAGUGUGUGGAAGUAUCCAUCAUUUCGUUCUUCUUGCAAAUUAUUUUCUUUAUUAUAAAAAAAAAAAUUUUAAGCAUAAUUUUCUUUUAAAUAGAUUCAUAUCUACAAAAAAAUUAAAAGGAGUAAAAUCAGCUGUAGGUGCGAAUUUAAGACCUUUAUUAAAAAUGUUUGCCUGUUCUAAAGUAAGGGUUUUUCCUGUUAAAUUAAAAAUUCCUUCUAUAUUGAUGUCUUGCCUCUCUUCUCUUUGUGUUGAUUUCUUCUUUCUUCUCUGUCUCCUUCUUCUUCCAUUGAUCUUUGUCUUUUCCCCUGUAUUUCCCAGGGUUGAGUGUUGUCUGUCCACUUCCUCCUAUUUUGAAUUAAGUGAGAGAGGAGAGGCAAGGCAUUAAGAGAAGAGAGGCAAGACAUCAAUAUAGAAGGAAUUUUUAAUUUAACAGGAAAAACCCUUACUUUAGAACAGGCAAACAUUUUUAAUAAAGGUCUUAAAUUCGCACCUACAGCUGAUUUUAAUCCGUUAAAUUUUUUUGUAGAUAUGAAUCUAUUUAAAAGAAAAUUAUGCUUAAAAUUUUUUUUUUUAUAAUAAAGAAAAUAAUUUGCAAGAAGAACGAAAUGAUGGAUACUUCCACACACCGCUUAUAUUGAAAUCGCAAUUCUUCCCAAGACACCUAAUUUCAGAUGCAAUUCAAACCUUUGAAACUAUGGUGAUGAAGGAUGUAGAGAAAUUUAGGAAAAUUAAUAAUAUAAACAAAAUUUGUCAACAGAAGAAAAGAAAGCCUUAAAUGUAAUUUAAAAUGAUGAUCAACUAGUAAUUAAACCCGCAGAUAAGGGAGGAGGAACAGUAAUUCUUGAUAAAGAGUUAUAUAUUAAAGAAGUAGAUAGAAUACUUUCAGAUUCCUCAACCUAUCAGAAACUAACAUAUAAUCCUACAAAUGCAACUAUAAAGAUUUUUAAGCAGUAUGUGGAGAAAGGAAAAAAUUUAGGAAUCCUUACUGAAAAAGAGGCAGAUUAUUUGUGGAUAGACAAUCCCAAAAUACCGGUCUUUUAUUUAUUACCAAAAAUUCAUAAAAAUACAACUAACCCUCCAGGAAAACCAAUUAUAUCGGGUAUAGAUUCAAUCUCUACUAGAAUCUCCGAGUAUAUAGAUACUAUCCUUCAGCCAAUCGUUAUAAAAAACCCUACAUACCUUAAAGAUACGAUCCAUGUUUUACAAAUUUUAGAACAAACAAAAUGGACAGAAGGAAAUAUAUUAGUAACAUGUGACGUAACCGCAUUAUAUAGUAUUAUACCUCAUGACAAAGGAAUAGCAGCAGUGAAACAUUUUUUAACAAAAUCAGAUUUUAAAGAAGAACAAAUCCAGUAUAUUUUAGAAGGAAUUUUAUUAAUCUUAACCCACAACUAUUUCUGGUUCGAAAACACUUUCUACCUCCAAAUCUGUGGGACGGCCAUGGGCACCAAAUUCGCCCUGAGCUAUGCCAACCUUUUUAUGGCCUUUUGGGAAGAGGCAUUUGUACUUCAAGGCCAUCCGUGGGGGGCGAGUUUGGUGUCCUACUGCCGUUUUAUUGACGACAUUUUUUUUCAUAUGGACUGGUACCACAGAGGCUCUAAAGGCAUUCAUUGUACACCUCAACACCAAUGAUUAUGGAAUCAAUCUAACCAGCAACUAUAGCGAAUCCAAUAUAAACUUUUUAGAUCUUGAUAUCAGGAUUCAAGACACCACGAUAGUCACUAGCAAUCAUUUUAAACUAGUGGAUGCUAAUAGUUACAUUGACAUCAACAGCUGCCACCAUAAACCUUGGCUCCAUAACGCUCCUAAGAGCCAAUUUUUAAGGAUCCGCCGUAACUGCAAAUUAGAUAGCGAUUAUUUAGAACAGGCUACUUAUAUUAAACAGCAGUUUAUGGAAAAGGGAUAUAAUGAAACAUCUUUAAAUCAAGAUUUAGAAGAGGUAGGAAAAUUAAAAAGAAACCAACUUAUCCAAUACAAACCAAAGAAAACACAAAUUGACACUAAUGAAGUUCCUUUUAUUUGUGAUUUUAACGGGCAUAAUAAACGUAUAUAUAAGACUAUAAACAAACAUUGGCAUCUAUUAAAAUAUGACCCAAUUUUAUUCAAAUUUUUACCUACAAAACCUAGAAUCACAUAUAGAGGAGCCAAGAACUUUAAAAACAUUUUAGUUAAAAGUAAUUUAAACCCCACAAAACCUAAGCACUUUAUUCAGGAUCUCAAAGGAUUUUAUGAUUGUGGUACAUGUCUCCCAUGCAGAACAACUAAAAAAACAAAAAGACAUCUCGAAGACCUAGAAAGUAUUAUUCAGAAACCAUAUACCAUUAAAGAUCACCUCACGUGCCAUUCUAAGGGUAUUAUAUACAUUUUAAAAUGCCCUUGCAAUCUGCUCUAUGUAGGGAGAACCAUCAGACCCUUAAAAAUCAGAAUUGCUGAACACAUUUGUAACAUCAGAAAUGGUUUGGAAACUCACAGUGUAUCCCAACAUUUUAAAGAUGCCCACAACCAAAACCCAGAGAAUCUAUUCUUUUGUGCAAUCAAAGAAGUGAAACGAGAUUGGAGAGGAAGUAAUUCCAUUAAAAUAUUAGGAAAAGAGGAAAUGAAAUUUAUAUAUACUUUUAAAACCCUUAUUCCUUAUGGCCUAAAUUUAGAUUUUGAGGUCUGCCAUUUUUAAUGCAUUCAGAUUUUUAUAAUUUUAAUUUUUGAGGUUUGCCACUUUUUAUGCACCCAGAUUUUUAUAAUAUAUUAUGAAAUAUAUUUUAUUAUCUCAUUUUAUGAUUUCAUUCAGGGGUUGUCUUACUCUUCUGCACCUUAUGUUUUAUAUAUCAUCAUCUCAUAUUUAUUCACUUUUUACUGUUUCUUUUCCAUGAGGGAAUAGGAUUUAUAUAAAUAAUUUAUGAUGUUUUUCCUGAUAUUGUCUUCAUUGUUUAUGUAAGAAGUCUCUCCUAUAAAGUAGAGCUGUUUUUACAUCUUAUUUGUAUUUUUACAUUAACCUUGCUUCUCUUUUAUUCUUUAUUUUGUGAGCCAUUCUUAUUAAAUAUCAAUGAUCUUAUGUGUAAAAUGGACUGCUUUUAACCAGCUAAGCAAAGUGGAACGCAUAGAUACGUCCCAAUGCACGAGAACCGGAAUAAGGACGCAUGCGUUCCACCGAUGGACCGCAAAUGCCAAAACCAGAAGUGAUCGAACUAAUGCGUUCCACCGAUGGAACUCGGAAGCGAAAGUGCCGCGAUCAAGGAAAAAGGGCGCGAAAUACAAGCUACAAAUACAGAACAUUUAUAACAAGCAGCUAGAGCAACUGAGGAAGCCUCUACACGAGGCGAAACGCGUUUUGCAACCAGAGACUCUCUCGACAAGGUCACCUUCAAUUGUAAGGUCUUGUUUUUUACUUUAUUUGUGCACUUUAUUAAUAAAGCACUUUAACUAUUUAUACUCACCUGCGAGAGGACAUUGAAUUACUCACCACCUCCUGGCAGUAUAAAGAAGGUAGUGGGAUCCUUAAUCCCACAACGCUGGAAGAUUGAGCCUUAUUUUAUAGGCUCUUGUUUUGUGAGUGUAUUUUCACAUACCUCCUUACAUUCUAUUUGAGACUUAGACAAUAUUUCACUAUUAUGUGUCUUUAUCUGUUUUAUCUCUAGGCAAUACCAAUAUUUGCUUUUAACAAGAAGAUACUCCACCCUAUAUUGUAUGUAAACUCUGUUUGAUGUGAGGGCGAAGGGUACUCACUAAGGUGUAUGAGAAUCUCUUGUUUUAUUUCUUUAUGCAUGUGUUCCACUGGUAAUACUGUAUCCUUUUAUACACCAAAAGGUGUCCAUUUAUUUCCAAAGCUAAAUCUUUUUCAUUUUGUUAGUCUCUUCCAAUCUUUUAGCUUAAGGUUUUUUUUUUUUUAAUUAUAUUUGAUAACACAUGUGUAAAAAAAUAAUAAUAAUUUUUGCUCUAAAUUUUGUAAACUUGAUUAGUUGUACUGCAGUAAUAUCUGCAAUAAAUUGUGUCCAUUUAGAUGCAAUGCAGUGAGUACAGAAAUGUCUGGCAGGUUUCCCUUUGAGAGUUUUGUUUGUGAAAUUGUAUUGCAAAAUUUGGGACCUGCUUAUUUCAGCUUGCAAAUUAGGGUGGGCUGCAGACACUGGUGGUGGGGGGGAGAAGGGCAGUGGAUGGGGGACUUACCCUUAAGCCUCUUUCACUUAUCACUCUGAGUAAUGUAUGACUAAGUGACGCAAAAGUUAGUGUACAUAUUUGUUUAAUGGAGGAGAGCUGGAUACCAGAACUUGGGUAUUGGGACAGAUGCAGCUUCUGUGAAACUGCUUGAAAACACUCCUUUCCACCUACUAAAAUAGGCUAUUGUAGUUAUAGUGCUUAGCAAGUCUCUGCAAUGCUUUAAAAAACAUAGGAGUUUGGAUACCUUUUAUAACCCCAUUGUUCCUUCUUUUACAGAAUCCCAUAUAAGCAAAUAUCAGGAAAUUGGGUUCAAAUCCAUCUGGUUUGCAAGCGCUUUCAAAGGAGCAUCAGGAGUAGACAAACUGUUGACACCCAUUAAUAUGCACGCAAAGAACCACAUACAGUGGAAGCAAAUUAUAGACACCAUGCCUUCCAAAUUCCCCAAAAUCCGCUAUGCGGGCAUCGCGUUAACUGGAUGGCAAAGGUAAGCGAGAUGCUAAUCACCGGGAACAGGCCUUCAAAACUGCCCUAUUACUAACGGACGGCAUUGACAAUGAUAAUUCAGAAGUAUAAGUUCCGCAUUAUCAAUGGGGUCAAGGACUUGGGGCAUUCUCUUGGGGCAUGGCAGAGCCCUGUUAUUUCUCAAAACACUUGCAAAUUUUCUGACAGGAAAAAAAAGUAGGGCUGCAUUCACUAAAUCUUUGCACUAUAACCACUAUAUUGCGUUGUUGGGGAAAAGCAAUGCUGCACUCUGUGGGCAACUAGACAGUUUGCUUAACUGAGUGGACUGUGGACAGACACAGAAAGUCUGGAUGGGGUUAGAAGGGGAGGGCUUACAAAGGCAGCAGACAAGAGAUCUGCAUCUAUUGCAAACUGUUCUUAAAUAUACCCCCAAUGAUUUUUUUUGUUUUUAUUUUAAUUUGAUUUCAGCAGUAGAAUGUCCUUUUUAACCUUUUAUAAACAAAUUCAUUCUCGCAGGCUCUUUCACCUUUAUACACAUACACCUAAUUUUCGAGAAAACCAAACGUAGCACUUAUUGUCAUUCUUUGCAUACCUCCAGUGACAUUGUUAUGGGCACAGCUUAAUACAAACACACUACUCAAGAUAAGAACAACCGUCUUGACAUUUUCUCAAUAGAAAAUAUGCAUACAUGACAUUGGAUGUCCGCACAACUAAUCCCAACCGUGUAAUAUACUAACUGUAGAAAACCAGAGAGGGAAUCAUUUUCUUUUUGUGUGUGUGUGUGAGUGUAUGUAUAUAUAUAUUAGAGAGAGAGAGAGAUUGUAGCCGUAUUAGUCCAGUGAUGUAGAUGUAAAAAACAGAUAAAAUUAUAUAUAUGUAUUUUUUACAUAUAUAUAUUUUAUUUUUUUAUCUCUGGGACAUGUGAAAAUGUCAAUGUAGUCUUUCUGGUAAGAUGAGCUAAAAAAAAAGAAGAAAACUACUAAAAAAGAAUUGGUAUAGAUCCCUGGGCCUACAGAGAAAACCUGUCUGCUUAGAUUAAACACACUGUACAGGGCAGUGAUCAUUUACCUUGCUACUAGAAAAGUUGGGUAACUAUACUUCCCACAUUGCACAGAAGUUCUUAGCUGCAAAGGAGAUGGAGAAUUGUUGUGUUGGAAUUAUUAUGCGCUCCACUGAGUAAACUCCAUGUAGUUACCUAAAAAAAACUAAAAAAUCAAAUAGAUAGAUGAGAUCAAACGAUCUCAAAAGAUCAAACAAGGGAACUUGAUGAGAUGGUCUAGGGGCUGAACAUGAUAAGAUCACCAUUGUGGUAAAAGGCUACAGAAUUCAUCAAACCUCUGGGCAAUUGCUGCCUCUUGAUUUUAGCUCCCCUGAGCUAACCAAGCCAGGAAGUAAUAGGACCGGUUGCCUGAUUGACAGCCAGGGAGGUGUAACCAGGUUAAUUUAUAAAAGUGACAAUUUCUAUUGAAAUAUGCAAUUGUUCUAAAAUGAAAAAGAGGACACUCUUUACACAUACAGCACUACAGCAAGUUAAAGUGCUGUAGAGGUCCGCAGUGUCUCUUUACGUAUUUGUAUUUUUGCUGGGUAUGGGCCAUCUACCAUCUAGAAUUGCAUCACAGUUUCAACAGAAAUUGAUUUAAUGAGGAAAAAAAAGCUUUACUGUUUUUAAGAUGAAUUAAAAACCAUCAAACCUCCCUUGCUACAUAGCAGAUCCUACCACACAGCUUGAAAAUUAGGUGCAGUUAUGGAAACCGAAUGCUAUUUUUCUGUUUUAUCCUUUAGAUAUGAUCAUUACUCGGUUCUGUGUGAACUUUUGCCUGUAGGCAUCCCGUCCCUAGCUGUGUGCUUGCAGAUCCUUCAGCGUGGUGGGUAUCUCUGCUAAAUAUCUAAUUUACCCUCAUAUCCCAGAAUAGGUGCUUCAUCUCAUGUCUCUUCUUCCAUACAGGUGAAUUCAAUGAAGAGGCCAAAAAAGAGAUCACUAGCAUGCUGGGAUUCAAUACUAUCAAUGUUGAGACGAACAUAUGGUGAGUAAUGUUGAGGGGCGAUCCUUUAAUGGUGAGGUACAUCUUAAAAACUCAAAACUAGCAUGGGCAUCAUUUUGACUCUGGCACAAAAAGUAGCUAACACAUGUUUUUUUGUAUAACUACUAGUAAAAACAUUUAAAAAAAAAAAAAUGAAAUCUGAAAAAUAUAAAUUACACUAGCCUUAAACCCUUAUACCAAAAUAGCUUCAUUCACCCUUAUUUAUACUAUAGUUAUGAUUACUGGUGUGUAGAGGAAUGAGAUUCUCUGCCAAAAGCCAUUAGUUACUGAUAUAAUUAACCCUGCUUCCAAACAGUACAGGAAGUUUUACUGAGUCAUUGCUUUCAUACAGUCACGGAGGGGGAGGAGUGAAUGGACUCUACCAUUUCACUGUCAGCAUUACAUUAGUAAUAAAGAUUGCUAUAGCAAUUUGAAAUACCUUUUAAUUUAGAUUUAUGACUUAACUGUAUUUACUGUAUGCUGGGAUUAUGCUUAGUGCAGGCAAUCAUUUUACAUUCGGGUACAAUUUUUAGUACAUUGUACUUCUAGUCAUGCCUUCAGGGUCCUUACAAAUGCAUGUAAGCGAAGUAUUUAAUCAUUUUUAUUCACUUAAUUUUGUUACACCUACUGUAUGUGAGAAAAAUAGCAUUUUUGCGUUUAUACUAACAUUUCAGACACUGUGUGAAAUAUUGCAAGGUAAAGGACACUGUAUACCAGCGGUUCCCAAACUGUGUGCCGCGGUGCCCUGGGGAGCCUUGAGUUAUUUUUCAGGUGCUAUGAUGAUAAGCACCGGGAACUGUGCUCUCCCCUGCCGGCUCUGCAGGACCAGAGGGGAGAUCAGAGAUCUCCCAUUAUGGCCCGCUAGCACUUUGCUGACAGCCGGCAGGGAGGGAGGAAGAGAGGACUCGGGGGAACUCUAUCCUAUUGCUCCGCAACAGGUUCUCCUCUCACGAGCUGGGAGCGUUGCCGCGGUUACCAAAUCCAAAUCUGGAGUGAACUCCAAACAGCUCCUGAGGGAAGUCCUGGUGGUCCUGAGGCUGCUAGAGUUCACUCUCACCACUGGGACCACCAGGACUUCCCCACCGGACCACACGGGAUUGCAGGAAACGUCCCCCCUCCCAGGCAAAGGUAAGUAGGAGGGGGGACAUCAUUCUUAUUUUUAAUUUAAAAAAAAUAAAGUAUAUAUUAAUUUGCCCUCCUACCCCCCACAGAUCCCACACCACACAAUAGCUCCCCCAUAAUCACACACUGCCCCCCAUACAUACACACUGCCCCUCACAUAACCUGCCACCCCUCACACACACUGUACCCCUUAUGCACAAGCUGCACCACACACAAUGCACCCCUCACACACACACACAAAUUACAUCCUUCACAAACACAAUGCACCCCUGUACACACACACGCACACUGCACCCUUGUACACACAUGCACACUGCUCCCCUGCCAGGAUACACACACACUAAAGCCCCUAUCCUGGCAGACCCAAGGUAAGUAGUCAAACUGUUAUUAAACAGUUUGACUACUUACCCUGGGAGGGCACUACGGCACUACUGGCACCAUAACCACUACAACGUAAUGUAGUGGUUAUUGUGCCUGGAUUGUUUCUUUAAAUAAUCUACCAGUGCCCCUCCCGAGAUUAGGGGCCCAGUAUAUGCCGCAGCACUGUACAGAUCUACAACCUAGAAAAUUGUUUUGACUUGGGGCACCUUGGAAAAAUAUAUUGAAUUGUGCUUGAAAGCGCCUUGAAUCUGAAAGCUUUUGGAACCCUUGCUGUAUACUGUCUAAACCUUUUCAUUUCCCAAAUAUUUUUAUGAAAAAUAAACGAAUAAGUGAAAAAGAAAAGUAAUGUAAAUUAGCUAUACACAAAAUUGCUAUACGCAAGCUAUGUAUCCAUUGCUUCAGAUAAGCGUUACGCUAAUAUUCUUUUUAAUAAAAAAACAUGCUCAGUAGUGAAGGGGUUAAUGCAGUUCUGCCUUUUCUGAGAAUUUCACAGUGCUAUCAUCUUUAUGCUGGCUGCACAAUGAAUGUGUGAAUUUCAAUAAAAUUCCAACGCAGUCAGCAUGUGUAUUUCAUAAAUAUUCCAAAAAUACCACAUAACAGAGUUGAGAUUACUUUGUUUUAUGGGCAAGCCUGAGGUUUGCAAAAGGCAUUGCCCCACUGUCAGCCUUUCUCCAAUCCUCAUCAUGUCAUCAAGUGAUGGCUGUGGGAUUCAGGGAUCACCUUACCCAUUGCAAGAAAUCAUCUAUGGAUUCUCCCUCAGUGUGUAAGAUUAUAACACUGAUGAGGCUCCUUGAAGAUGGAGUGCCUGGAGCCACAGAACGUCUGUAAGAAGAAGACUGUGACCGUGAUGGGCAGCUUCAGGUAAGUAAACCUACAUUCCAUUGCACCUUACCGCCACUCGACCCGUACCGUACCGGAGAUGUCAAAAUAUGCAAACGCCUCCUAAAGUGACAGAUCUGCUUAAAGGCUUCAGUAAUAGGGUCAGCUGAAGAUGCCAAGCAGAGCUGGAUAGAGGCGGACCAUGUAAGGGUGCUCAGCUGUGUAUUUGUUUUGAGUAGUAAUGGGACCUGGGAUGCACAGUAGAAUUUAGAUAACCAUACAUUCAUUGUGUGGAUACAUUUUUGAUGGAUUUGAUGAAUCUUCUAAUUCUUAUCAUGUUUUUGUUUUUGUGUAGUGAAGGGAAUGGUGCGUUCCCUGGAUCUGAUAUUUACAACAUGGUACAAAAAAUCCAUAAUGAAUUGAAACAUAAUGUCCGGGAACUCACGGAUGGAAAUGAGUGAGUAACAUGCCUCUUCCUGUGUUGCGUGUAGCUCCAUAGAUGGUGUGUAACAAAAGCACACUUGGGCUUUUUAAAAUCAUUACUUGUUUGAUAGUCUUUAAAGGACUAGAUUUUAAUAAAUCUUUAAACCCUGGGCUAGUUUGAGGUUAUACGUGAGAAUUACUGGUCGAAAGGUCUUAGUAAUUACUAAUUAGUUUAAUUAAUCACUAAUUAUUUUUUUAAAUUAUUUAUAAGCACAAUUGGCCCGGGAAAUAUACAUGAAUCACAAACUCUUUGUCCUUCUUGUCAGAUGCUCAUUGUUGUCGUUGUCAGAUUUCUCUUAAUGCCAAUAUGCUUCAUGUGAUUGCACUAUAAACAUGGUUUAGAAUUUCCAAUCGCCCACCAACUACUGACAAGAGUAAACUUCACCCUGGUGUGUUUUUAAUCCAUUCCACUGCCUAUGAAGGGUCCCAGUGCUGUUUGAAAAUAGCAGCUUAUCGUAACUGACUGAAUGAUAGGUAUCUGUGGCCAUCAUGAGUGACGUUAAACAGUUUAAAGAUCCGAGGGGAUAGCAGAAACCUACCCAUCAGCCACCCGUCCUCCUCCAACAUACAUGGAGUGCUUAAAAUGCUGCAAUAAUUAGCCUGAAUACCUCCGUGACAGGCUUACAGAAUGUUAGGGGAGAGAGAUCACAAUUAAGUUCCUCUUUCUUCCUCAAACAUAUAGAUGUUCAGUGACAGUUAAAAGGGCAAACAUUAAUUAUAAGCAAGUUAAUAACGUAUUUAAAAAAAAAAAAAAAGCAUUUUAUUAUUUUAAAUGAAAGAAAAGGAUAUGAUGAACGUCAGGGUCACACUAAUAAGUAUGUGUAAUUUAAGCCACUUAUAAGAUACAAGCAAUCACAAUUCGCAUCCUAAUUAAACAUGACGUGGUCAGUAUCAAAUAACUAUUGUAAUAAGUAUUUUCCCGUAAGCAAAUAAAAGGGGGUAACUAUUCAAAGGGGAGAUCUCCCGCGAAGGAUUUGCAAAGAGUUCUAGUCAAUGAAUUGAAAGGUUUUGUGAAUAAGAGUCUUGUGAUGGGGAUCCAGAGACUGGGUAUAGGGCUCCCAAUAACUAAAAAAAAAUAAAAAAAAAUAAGUGAAACCCUAUUCUUCCUACACUUAUAACCCAAUUAGCUUUUAAUUAAUUUACUGUGUGAUUAUAAUUUUAUCUAUACAUUGUGCUAAAUUCCUUGUAAAUGUAUAGCUGUAUAUGUUUGGGAAUGUUCGCUUUUCUGAUUUCCUUUGCCUGCUUUGACACAUUUUUGUAGAGGUAAAGUUUAUAGGCAGCUGGCUAGUAGUGAUGGAUUUAGUACUUACCUUGUGUUUUUCAUUUCCUUGCACAGUUUGAUCAGGGGCUGGUUUUCACCUUACCAUCGAAAACACAAGUUUGGAAAUCCACACAAGAUGGAGACAUUCAGUGCAAAGUUGACUAAGUGAGUGACGUGUGUUUUUGUUUUGUUAAAUGUUUGUCUUCUAACAGGUUUCUUGCAAUCUUCUUUUUAUGUCUGUCUGCGUGGAAUAAAGUUUGUAAGUAUAAGCCACUGGUCCAAAUCUUCUCGCCAAUAGGAGAUUAGCAGGACAGAGAUUCCACCUACCAUUGGCUGCACUGUUUACUGACAUAAAUCUAUUAUAUCCUUUUGUUCUCUAAAUAACCAGCAGCACCGACAGGAAGAUCAACAUAUUACCUUAUCCCGUGUAUGCGUUGAUGAGUGCUAAUAUAAUGGAGCACAGCUGCCAGUCAUGUACCUUAUUAUUUUCCUGUUGGAUUGGAAACGUUUUGAUUUAACAAAGUCUACAAACCGCUCACUACGUUCAGAGUUUGAGAGGCGACUCCGACCUAGGAGAGAUUCUGCCCUCCUCUAUAUAAUUCUGCCUUUCGUUCGCCCAUAUCCUGUAUCUCCCCCAUUCCUCUGUGUCAUAAUGUAUACGUGCCAGGGGAAUGCCCACUACUAAACCUACAGAAGCACAGUGCCAGGGAGGUGCACAGACCAACGAUAAUCCACCGAAAUUGGGGAAUGUCAGGAUUAUUUUACCCUGAUACUCUUACUAUAUGAACAUUAGAAGGAUCUUCCAUAAAAUAUGAAAAUUAUAUAAAUCUGUUGCUUAGAUUAACCUUAAAGUCAGUCCCCACCCCCCCACAAAAAAAACCUCCCUCACUGCCAUAGCAUUGUGCAAUAGGGACCACUCUGGAGAUGGUUUUAUAUUCUUUGCAUCAUCAUUACUCUGAAUUAAAGUGGUGUAAUUGGCUGAGCUGUUCCAGCCAAUCCUAUUUCUUUGUUAAUAUAUUCCAGAAUGCAAUUUUCAUUGACGUGCAGAGCCAAAUACAACAGCAUAUUAUUUAGCAGUUCUGCCUUUUGUUCUGAGGUGAACUCUGCUGUUUCACAGCUAGAAACAUAGAAUGUGAUGGCCGAUAAGAACCAUUCAGCCCAUCUAGUCUGCCCAAUUUUCUAAAUUCUUUCAUUAGUCCCUAGCCUUAUCUUAUAGUUAGGAUAGCCUUAUGCCUAUCCCACGCAUGCUUAAACUCCUUUACUGUGUUAACCUCUACCACUUCAGCUGGAAGGCUAUUCCAUGCAUCCACUACCCUCUCAGUAAAGUAAUACUUCCUGAUAUUAUUUUUAAACCUUUGUCCCUCUAAUUUAAGACUAUGUCCUCUUGUUGUGGUAGCUUUUCUUCUUUUAAAUAUAGUCUGCUCCUUUACUGUGUUGAUUCCUUUUAUAUAUUAAAAUGUUUCUAUCAUAUUCCCCCUGUCUCGUCUUUCCUCCAAGCUAUACAUGUUAAGAUUUUUUAACCUUUCCUGGUAAGUUUUAUCCCGCAAUCCAUGAACCAGUUUAGUAGCCCUUCUCUGAACCCUCUCUAAGGUAUCAAUAUCCUUCUGAAGAUACGGUCUCCAGUACUGUGUACAAUACUCCAAGUGAGGUCUCACCAGUGUUCUGUACAAUGGCAUGAGCACUUCCCUCUUUCUACUGCUAAUACCUCUCCCUAUACAACCAAGCAUUCUGCUAGCAUUUCCUGCUGCUCUAUUACAUUGUCUACCUACCUUUAAGUCAUCAGAAAUAACCACCAGCUACUACUACUUCAGUGAGGCAUAUUCAUCUAAUCUAAAAAACUCUAGAGUAAUCAUUGCUGUCCAUCUUUCCUAGGAUCCACGAAGACUGGGAAAAUCUUAUUCAAGCCCUGCGCACCCAGCUGGAGUCUAUCUACUUCCCCGAUACAGUGGAGGAAUGGAUGGAAGAGAAUGUGAAUCCCCACUUUGACCUCGUGCGUGGGAUGGCAAAAGACUUUCAGGAUAUCCUGCCACUCUAUGCGAAACCAAAAGAUGCUCCAAAGCUUUGAGCGGAUACCAUCAUAUUCCAGGAAAGGUCAAAAAAGGCAUUAUAUGGGUGCAACAUUUUGGGAUACAAGACCGUGUGAAUGUAAAUAUCUGAGCAGUGCAUAUGGAUAUAGAAGAAUGUGAAUACAGUAUACUUAUGCAGAACUGCGUACAUCUGCAGCAAGAUGUGUACACGCCAGAUAAAAAGGGACUGUUACUAAUACUCUGUCUCUGAUGAGUCUUAUGUCUUUGUGUGCCACAUAAGGGGCCCAGUUCUGCCCUGUCUGUAUGCUAUUCGGAGUAUUAACAUACUUUUUCUUGACAUGAGACAGAGAGUUCUCCCCUUCUCUUUUCAAGGUAUGUAUUAGAAAGGGGCAAAUGUGUUUAGAAAAUACUAGAUGAUUUUUCCAAGGAUCAGCCCAAAGCUCUGAAAUAUUAUAAUAGAACUCAAGCUGUUGUUACUACAAUAAGGGUCUCACUGACCUAUUCAAAAAAUUCCAGACACUAUUUUUCAUACCUAUACAGGUAAUAACAGUAACCUCAUGGGGAAAAAAUGGACGGGGAGAUUCAGCCCCUUUAAUAAUAAUAUUAUUAUUUUGAACUUAAUUGCCACUGGAUUUUGCAUUUGUUUUCCCUCUACUUACAGGCAGCAUUAGAAUCAUAAUAUUUAAAAAUACACAUUAAUUACAAAAAAUAAAAUAAUACACUACCACUAUAUCCAAGAUAUACAUGCGCGUGCCAAAUGGUUUGCAAUGUGAUGAGCCUCUGUCACUAUCUAGAUUUAUAUGACUGAGUGUCCUCUGGAUUUUUAGCUUUUUAGAUCAGAUCCCGACCCACGUUGUUUUGUCACAGUGUAUUUAGUUCUACUUUGUACAGCGUUGCGGAAUAUGUUGGUGCUGUAUAAAUAAUGACCAUUAUCCACAUAAGAGAAGCCAUGAAGAGAUAAUCUAUUCAUAAGGGCUUAUUUACUAAACCCCAAAUUGGAAUGAAUUGAAAGCUAAACUGUAAAAUGCUAACAAAAUAGCUCAUUUGGAAUAAUUUUCCGACUUUGCUAUAGUCACAGCUCUGCUAAAAUUUACAUUUUAAUUUUGAAUUCACAAACCUGUUAAUGUUCAGCAGAUAUUUCAUUGGAUAUCUAUUGUUUGAUACAUAUUAACUAAAGUAGUUUAAAUGUUUUUUUUAAAUCCAUAACUUGUUAGAAUGGGGAUAUUCUAUAACUCUUUAUGUAUGACAGCAUAGGGCCGUUUGGUUUAAUUGAUAUAGGAAUUGUUUAAAAAUUAUAAACCAUGUUCAUUCUUGUUUCUAUUUAAUUUGCACAUGUAAAUAAAUCCUAUUUUCCUAAA